AUGGGUUUUGACUCGGACCAACCAAAAAAGCGUCAGCGUCGUAACAGGACCAUGUUCUCUAACGCCACCAUUGUUCUUCUAGAGAAAGCCUUCAUCGAGAACAAGUAUCCCGACAUCAAAGAAAGAAUCACUUUGGCUAAACAGAUCAACGAAGAAGAGGCCAGAGUUCAGGUUUGGUUCCAGAAUCGCAGAGCAAGGCAUAGACGUUCCAGACGUCGUCCAAGCACCAAUUCAGACAGUCCUUCAUCUGGUACAUCUUCAUCGCCAAAGUCUUCUCCAUCCCCGCCACCUACUGUUCCUCUGAAACAUGCAACAUGGCUCCAAUUACCAACGGUACAACAACAACAGCAGUUCCUUUGCAUUAACAGUGGAUUAGACAUCGCUAAGGAAGUAGCCAUUCUUCAUGAAGACAGAUCACCUGACUCAACAUCCUACAAAGACAUCAAAGACAUGUUUUCUUAUCCACCUCCUCCUAUAUCGCCACUGCCAAGGACACCAACAAGAACCAAAGUGCAACGACAAAGGUUUUCUCUAUGGUCUCCACUACCUAGUCUACCAGAAGUGUCGCCAAUGCCAAUACAACCAACAACGAUAGAAUCAACAAACAUCUUACGUCUCCCGUUGACAACACCAAAGUCGUCCUUCUCCAUUGCAGACCUCAGCGAGUCGGAAGUACGAUCAGCAGACGACAGAUUCUGCUUCACUUACCAGUUUAGCAUGUAA